AUGGAAAAUUUUACAUUUUACUAUUACAAGCCUUCGGGUCCGGCUGCAGGCAUCUUUUUGGUGCUGUUUGGCCUCAGCACCCUUUUGCACUUCUACCAACUUAUCCGCACGCGAACCUGGUUCAUGAUCCCCUUUUUUAUCGGAGGAAUUUUGGAAACCAUCGGUUACGUUGGCCGUUUGCUCUCCUCUAUAGAGUCCCCCGAUUUCACCAAAGGCCCCUAUGUUAUGCAAAGCGCCCUGAUCCUCAUCGCCCCGGCUUUCCUCGCGGCUAGCGUCUACAUGACUCUAGGUCGAAUCAUUGCCAUGCUGCAAGCAGAAAGAUACUCGGUCAUUAAGCUGCGGUGGUUGACCAAGAUAUUCGUCGCGGGAGACGUACUAUCCUUCCUCAUGCAGGCAUCAGGUGCUGGCAUUAUGGUGAAAGACUCGACUGAUCCCACGACCGGUGAACGAAUUAUCAUCGGUGGUCUGUUCGUGCAGAUCAUCAUGUUCUCCCUCUUCGUUAUCACAGCCAUCGUAUUCGAGAUCCGAAUGGCUCGGGCCCCCGUAAAUGCUUCGCCAGAGGCAUCGCAAAUCUGGCGCCGACAUAUGAUUGCACUCUACGCGACUAGCGCUCUAAUUCUGGUUCGAUCGAUCAUUCGAGUCGUCGAGUACCUCGACGGGUACGACGGAUAUCUGAUGAAACACGAGGUAUUCAUCUACGUCUUUGAUGCACUUUUGAUGUUUCUGGCGAUGGGUGUCCUGCACAUCGUCCAUCCCAGCCAAGUCAAUGCUCUCCUGGGCCGGGGCGACCUUUUCAUCGAAAAGGUCGUGAUGACUCGCAAAUCCGUCGCUGUCCCACCAGUGGAGAUGCAUGGUGCCAUGGAGGCUUAACAAUCGAGAUAGUCCUUAAUAUUGAUGAUUCUACGGCAUAUGACAAUGGGAGACUGUGACAUCUGUGUUUCAAAAUUUUCGGAGUCAAAUAGGACUGGCGUUUCGAUGUAUUAUAUUGCUACUGGCCAUGGAAUUUCAAAGGUUGUCUUUUUUAAACAUGUUAGCUCUCAGAAAAGGCGUGUUCACGUAGCAGAUUUGCUAUGACAACAGCCAGUAGUGUUGAAUUGCCGAGCCCUGUGUGGGCACAAAUGCAUCCGGUUGACCUCCCUCGGGUUUUUUGUCCUUUGUUGGGUUCCUCUUUGUGGCUCUCUAGAGUCCAUCACUUUCAAUCUUCAGGUGGAAAAUGCCAUCCCGGGAACAAAGGAACUACAUUACCGAUCAACAAGACUAUGUGCUCGCCUAUUAUCCGCCAUAUAUUCC